AUAUAUAAAGAAGUCUAUAUUCAAUGAAGAAGCUAUUAAUAUUAUUUUAAGUUAACAAGCAAAAAUUGAUUACUGAUUCAUUUGUUUUACUGUGUUUUUUUUUUUGAGAAUUUUUCUUUUUAAUCCUUAAUAUUAAUCGAAAUGGAUCGUUGGGCUGGGAAGAUAGCAAUUGUAACUGGUGCUAAUUCUGGAAUCGGUUUUGCAACUGCAAAUGCAUUAGUCCUUAAGAAUAUGAUUGUCGUCGGAGUUGACCUAAAAAAAGAAAAAAUGGAGAGUGAAAUAAAAAGCACCAAGGGAAGAGGAAAGUUUUAUAGUCGUUUAUGUGAUGUUUCAAAAUCUGAAAACGUUAAUGAAUUAUUUGAAUGGGUAAAAAAAAAUUUGGGCUAUCCUCGUGUUGUUGUGAAUUGCGCUGGAAUUAUAGUGGAAGGACGUCUAAUAGAUACAAAUUCUUCAGAUUGGAAGAAAGUUAUCAAUACGAAUUUAAUUGGAUUAUUAAAUUGUUGUCAAAAAGGAGUGUCAAUUAUGAAAGAAUGUGAUGAUGAAUGUCACAUUGUUAAUAUAUGCAGUAAUACUGGACAAAGAAUAUUUAGAGAUCCAGUACUACAAUUAAAUAUUUAUCCAGCAGCUAAACAUGCAGUUCGUGCAGUAACAACAACUUUAGAGCAUGAAUUACUUGGAAGUAAAAUAAGAAUUUCGAAUAUUUGUCCAGGAUUCGUUAAGACAGCAAUUGCAAAAAAUACUAAUUUAGAAAAACUUAUGUCAGAUAAGCCAUAUUUAGAAACAGAGGAUAUAGCAGAAUCUAUUAUUUAUAUUUUGGGCACACAUCCUCGGGUACAAGUUAAAGAAUUAACAAUUUCAGCUCUUGGUGAGCAGCUCUUUUAAAAUAAUUCUAAUAAAUACUGUACCUUUCUAAGAAUAAAAUUAAUUUCUA